UUGCAUCAGAACCCUGUCACAAGCGCAUGAAUUAUGCACCUUCAGGAAACAACUCUUACCCCACGUGGAUCUUUGACAGUUCACAGCGUCGCAGUCAAAAACGAUGCGUCCAUCGCGGCAGGCGUUGCUGUUGCGGUGCGUGCUGCGCUACUUGUACUGCAGCACCGUCCUAGUAGGCAUUAUGCCGUUUGGCGCCCGAAUUCGACGCUUUGUGUGGUGCCGGGUGAGGCUCACGUGGUCGGUCCUAGUGGGGCUGGGUACGAUCGGUGCCGUUGGGUUUAGUUUUUACCGGAUUGUGACGCUGAUUGAGUACCCUUCGAUAGAAAUUGUGCGGUAUCUGUUUUACUACGAGUUUGUGCUCCGGUUUGGGAUAUUGAGUUCGUGCUAUGUGCUGGUUUGGGUUAAUAUAAGGCGGUUAAGGGUUUGUGGCAAUACAGUGGCGGUAAUUUUCGAAAAAUUGAGACGAUUCAACGUGCCGUGGAUGGAUAAAAAGCUAGUUUGGUAUGGGGUGACCAAGAUCGUUUUGGUGGACAUUACGAUGUGCUGCCUGUUUGCGAUCAACUUCCGGUUCAAUAAGAAGUCUGAUCCGGUUCCGGCGUUUGAAAGAGCUAUGAACGUGUACGCCGUGUUUGUGGCGGCUCAGGUGUCCAACGUUUGCCUUUGUACCAUGUACCUUACCUCGUAUCUGUUUCGGGUGAUAAAUUGGAAAAUUAGGGUUAUUAAUCGAUCGCUGUGCGAUUGGGAUGUUGAAGGUAGUUGUCUUGUUCCAAACAAGUCGGGAGCGAAAGAAAUGUGCGCAGAUCUUAUUCUGCUGAGCAAGUUGCACUUCAAGACAACUGGAGUGGCGCAGUCCAUUUUUAGGAUAUUUGGCGUUUCGUUGGCUUUGAUAAAUUUGAACCAAUUUCUGGUAGUCACCUCUAGGGUGAGUGUUUUUAACUGAAGAAGCUCUUGUUUCAAUUCAAACUAAAACUAUUUUCAGGUUUACUUUGU